AUGGCCGACACGUCCAAACAGACAGACGGCCCCGACCCCUGGGAUCCCUUGGCGUGGGACCCCACGACUAUCCCCGACUUCGACAAUGAUUUUAUAGGAGAGGACGAUGUACAAGAGUUCGCCAAAGCCCUUGCCGCUCCCGAUUUCACCUCUCCCUCAGAAGAAGAUCUCCUGAAUCCCCCGAGUCAACCUCCCCAGUUCUUCACUGCUCUCAACGACUGGGCCCCUGUACGCCAGAAGGUCAAGGGCCGCCAAAAACAACAGAAAGAGAAGAAGAAGCUGCCUCCCCGUCGAGGCAAGGACGAGACAAGAGAAGGAUGGACAUACAAUCUGCUCAAAUGGCCGCUGCUCUUUGUCGUUCUGGGCUGGAUCAUGGCGCUGGGCAUCUCAUACACCUUCACAAGGCUCUACAUCUCCCUCUACGAACAGAUCGUCACCUGGCGUGGAAAGCGUGAAAUGUUGCGCGCCAGUUUACGCCACAAGUCAAACUAUCAAGACUGGAUCAAGGCCGCCGAGGAGCUGGAUGGCCACCUGGGCAGCGACAAAUGGAAGACUGCAGACGAGUAUGCUUAUUAUGAUAGCAAGACCAUCCGUCGCGUCAAGCAACGUCUGCAAUCCUUGAAAGCAAAGGUCCAAGCCGAAGUCAACGACAACCCUGCCAUGUCUCCCAUGUCUUCUGGUACACGUGCAGUCGACGAGCUCAGAGGUCUCGUCGAGGCUUGCGUCAAGAACAACUUUGCUGGCUUCGAAAAUCCCCGUCUCUACUCUGAAACUUACUACGGAACCAAGAACCUCGUGCAGGAUUUCAUAGACGAGGCUUCUGAUUGUAUAAAGAUGUUGCUAGACUCGGAUAAACUCUCGCUGGAAGACAAGCGUGCUAUGGUUAAGCACAUCAGCACCAACUUCGGACGUACCGCUCUUUGUUUGUCUGGCGGUGCAACUNUUGCAUACUAUCACUUCGGUAUCGCAAAAGCCCUUCUGGAUGCUGACCUUCUACCACCAAUCAUUACUGGUACUUCUGGAGGCGCUCUUGUCGCUGCGUUACUCGGCACUCGUACGGACGAGGAGCUCAAGACCACGCUGGUUCCUGCAUUGGCUGCCAGGAUCACCGCUUGCAGAGAGUCUUUCUCGGUAUGGUCCAAACGUUGGUACAAGACUGGUGCUCGCUUCGACUCAGUCGACUGGGCUAGACGAUGUGCAUGGUUUUGUCAUGGUUCUCUCACUUUCCUCGAGGCUUUCCAACGCACGGGUCGCAUCCUCAAUGUAUCCUGCGUGCCUUCAGAUCCGCAUUCACCGACUAUUCUUGCAAACUACCUGACAGCUCCUGAUUGUGUUGUCUGGUCUGCUGUCAUUGCAUCAGCCGCCGUUCCUGGCGUCCUCAACCCUGUCGUGCUCAUGAGANAAAAGCGAGAUGGCACUUUGGAGCCCUACGCUUUCGGCCACAAGUGGAAAGAUGGGUCGCUACGUACUGACAUUCCGCUCAAAGCUCUCAACCUGCAUUUCAAUGUCAACUUCAGCAUCGUUUCUCAGGUCAACCCUCACAUUAACCUCUUCUUCUUUUCCUCACGCGGUAGUGUCGGCAGACCAGUGACACACAGACGCGGUCGAGGCUGGAGGNGAGGCUUCCUCGGCUCUGCUCUCGAACAGUAUCUCAAGCUGGACCUGACCAAGUGGCUUAAGGUUCUUAGACAUCUAGAGUUGCUCCCACGACCGAUGGGCCAAGACUGGAGUGAGGUGUGGCUGCAGCGCUUUUCCGGAACCAUAACCAUCUGGCCAAGAUCCAAGCCCUCUGAUUUCUGGCAUAUCUUAGCCGAUCCUUCCAAGGAUCGUCUGGCGNGAAUGAUUCAGAACGGCCAACAAGCCGCCUUCCCAAAGCUCAAAUUCAUCGCUAACCGCAUGAAGAUCGAGAAGAUCGUGGAAGACGCACGACAGAGCCUGAGGCCCAAUCCCAACGCUUUGCCCACCCCUUCGAUCGAAAAGAGCCAGAUGGGCAGUAUGCUCAGCAAUGAUGAUCUUGAGUCGAUGCUUGAGCAAGAGCAAGGACAAUCAGACGGAGAUGAGCUCGAGCCCAGUUCACUGCUCUCUCCACUCGACAGACCACAAAGUGGUAGAAACUCAAAGAAUCAGUCCCCGAUGGGCUCACGAUUCGAGGAGCGUAGAGCACCUUCUCCAUCGUUUGCUAGACGCUUUAGUGGAUGGCUUGGCAACAUGUCACCACGCGCACCGCGCACUUCGAGUGAGGUGGUACGCCCUAGUGUAAGGCGACUGCAGCGUGAAGAAUCACACGACUUUGCCAGAAGAGGCAGUGUCAUUGAUGAGAUUACACGUCAAACGAGCAUCUUCUUCGCCGAGCCAGACACGGAGAGCGAGAAGGAGGAUGAAGCGGAAGAUGUUGCGCCAUAUGGUGGCAACCCGCAGCGUGACUGGCGAGACUAUGGCGAUGGUGAUACCACGGCAAGCGAGGAUGAAGCAGAUGCCUUUAUCAAUGGAGGUCGGAAGGCCAAAACCAGUUAG